AGACAAUUCCUUCAACCUUCGUCCCUCAGGAUAUCCUUGUCUGAUGUUGCCUCUUUUGCCCACCUGCUGUGUACAGUGCCGUGCCAAUUGGAAGGAUGUCGAUGACCACUGGUCUAGUGCGGGCUAUCUUUGAUAUGAGUGUGCCUCGCGAAUCGUGUCUGUUAACCUAGUAAGUUUGCCAAGUAUGACCUCUCAUCCCCUACACAGCCGCUCCCUCCGCUUCCCAUCCAUCGCCCCGUCAGGCACUCACGAUCCUGCUUAUAAGGCUUCCCCAGAGCACGGCAAAUACUCUCACUCUGUUCCCUCAUCCGUCUUUACUCCGAAGUGCACCAACAUAAACCCACUCGUCAGCGUCGUCGCUGUUUCCUCCCUCCUCGGGAGAGUACCCGAUACGCUGGCCGGGCUCCUCAGCCGAGGACCGUUCUUUGCCUACACACUCGUCGUGCUCCUCCAUUGGCCAGUGACCGUCUACAGCGGUUACUACGACGAUGCUCGGCGCCACGCAGAAGACGAAGACGGGACAAGCUUCAGCAAGGACUGGGCCGACUUUCGGGAGGGCUGCAGCGCACGUUGGGAAGUCGUCCUCGGUUUCUGCACGGUCUACAACGCGAUCACAAUAGGCAUGCUUUCCGCACUGCCUGGCAUCGUCGACGUCAGUAUCAUCUGCGGGAUCGUGUGCAUGUUCGCAAGUGUGGUGUGCUUCGCGAUAGCCAUGCUGCUUCGCACGCACUUGAAGAAGCACGAGGAUCCUGCCCGCGGAAAGCGCACCACCGAAUCCCGUUGGACGUCAGUUCCGCUUCUCUUCGCCAUCCCGGAUGCGUGGUUCGUCUGGGCCUCCAUCGCGUUCUUCGCGUUCUGUCUCACGUUCUACUGGGGACGCCUCGCGCACGCACCCGGCGGUGCCUGCGGGGCGCCCAUUCCACAGAUCGCGGUGGGCGCGCGCUUCUACGUUGCUGCCUCCGCCGCGUUCUCUGUGCUCGUCGCGUCGGGCUUCGCGCACGUCGCGUUAGUCAUGUGGGCCUGUCAUCGGCCGGUCGCACGAGACGCGGCUACGCCCGCGGCGAACAUGCCAUAGCGAUAGCGCGGUAUAUAUGGCGUGGUAUGUAUUGAACCGCUGGACGGCCGGCAGCAGAUACGGACGCGCUUCGACAUUGACAGUGAUACG